AAUAUUUCAGCUUUUCUGCAUUUUUGGCACGAACUUCGUUGCGCACAGCCGAACAGCACGAUUCUUCCAGUUCUGCGCCCUUUUUCCCCCCCUUCAGAUUCCUGGUUCGAGCUUUCAUUUUUAAGAAGGGCACCGAAGUAGGAAGAUGAUGGCUCCGGAGCCGCUGAGAUCCGCGAUGACGAGCCUGGGCGCGGAGGACACGUCGCUCGCUCUGCCCUCCGACAACAAGCUGCGCUCGGGACAGCAGCGCGUGCUGGAUCAGGUGCACACCAUCAAGAGGAGCAAGUCCAAACCCGGGAAGAGCGGCUCGCUGUCUCCUACAAGCCCGUCUUCUCAGUCUUUGAUGAAUGACUUUGGAUCGUUCAAGUUUUCUCCGUCCAAAUCAAAUGGCACCUUCAGCCGCAUCAAUUCCACUGUGUCAACCGGCUUCAACAAAGCGUUUAAUACUCAGAGGAGUCGCACUCUAUCCAGUAAGACCACGGGAGGAAGACAUGUCAGUACCUCAGGCAUGUGGGAACAUCAAAUCAAUGCUUCCACCUGGCCCAAAAGUCCCAAUGGGCUGAAACCCAGUCGCAGUGACCCUGCCUUGGCUCCUCCGUUCUCUCCUGCUCCUGCUCCUGCAACUUUUAUGAGAGCCAAAGGGCAGACUGUCCAAAACCAGCACAGCUUCCAGACUCGAGUAAAUAGACACAGCUCCUAUUCAAUAAACAACGGCUCUCAGAUGACCAGCAGCCAGACACGCAUCAUUCGACCGCCCUCUGCACAGUCUCACACUGACGGCAGGAUGGGUACCAUCAAAAUGUCAAACAAGAUAGAGCAGCAAUCAGCGGUGAGCGGUGCAAUGGCCAUGCCAGACCUGACCCUUAAGGAGGCUGUGGAGUUCCUGUCUCACCCUGAGGAGAAUUUCCAGCAGUGUGGAGCCACCUUCAUCCAACACGCCACCUACAAAGAAGAGCACACCAAACAGGAGGUUUUGCAACUAGGAGGUAUCCCUGCUCUGGUGACCCUGCUGCGAAGCCCCAACCCUGGAGUGAGCCAGGCCGCUGCUGGAGCUCUGAGGAACCUGGUGUUCAAGCACCAUGAGAACAAGCUGGAGGUUCAACACUGUGGCGGUAUAGCUAAGGCCCUGCAGCUCCUGAAGGAGGUAGAUUCUACCGAAACCCAGAAACAAAUCACUGGCCUGCUAUGGAACCUGUCCUCCGCUGAUGAUUUGAAGGAAGAACUUAUAGCUACAGCACUGCCCGCCCUGACUGAGAAUGUGGUGGUGCCAUUCACCUGCUGGUCAGACAACAGCACCAACAACAACAUACACCCUGAUGUCUUCUACAGUGCCACAGGGUGCCUGCGGAACCUGAGCAGCUCCGACAAGAAGGAGAGGCAGGAGAUGAGAGAGUGCCGAGGCCUCAUCGACUCCCUCAUGAGUUAUGUCCAGUCCUGUGUGGCAGAAGAAAACCCAGAUGACCGGUCUGUUGAGAACUGUACAUGCAUCCUCCACAACUUGACCUACCAACUGGAGUCAGAGUCCCCUGGGUGCUUCAGCAAGUUCAACCCAAUAGAGGGCCAGUCUGGGAGCAAGAAAAGUCCCACAAUUGGAUGCUUUAGCCCCAAGAGCAGCAAGGCUCAAAAGGAGUUCUCAUUUGAUGUUGCCCGGGAUAUGCCAGAGGACAGCAACCCAUCAGGUGUGAAUUGGUUGUGCCAUCCUAGAGCUAUGCAGACCUACCUGUCCCUACUGGGCUCGUCCCAGAAAGAUGCCACCCUGGAAGCUUCCUGUGGUGCCCUGCAGAACCUCACUGCUGGGAAGGGACUGGGGUCCAGUGCCAUGAGCCAGAUUCUGGUUCAAAAGGUGGGGGCUCUGAUGCACAUGACCCCUCUUUUAAAGUCUCCGAACCCCACCCUGCAGAAGACUGCCAUCUCGCUGCUGGGUAACAUGUCUCGGACCAGCAGUUUGCAGAGUUCCAUGGCAAAGCAGUUGCUGCCUGAGCUCAGCAGCCUUCUCUCCUCUAGCCCCCGGGAGAUGGGAAACUCUGACGAGACUAUAGCAACAGCUUGUGGCACAGUACGGACUCUGAUGUUGGCAGACACUGAGGUCAGCAAGAAGGUCAUUAAUAGUGAACUGGUGUCAUCACUGGCGGACCUCAGCGAGAAUGGGUCCUUCCCCAAAGGCAGCAAAGCAGCUUCUCUGCUGCUCUACAGCUUAUGGAAUGACAAGAAUUUGCAAGGUGUUGCGAGAAAGCUGGGCUUCAACAAAUCACUUUUUGUCAAUGACACCACCACAGCGGUGCACAGGUCGGUGCAAAUUAUCGAGUGAGUGUGAUGGACAAGUGGAAUGGCACCACAGAGCCUGAGAGCAUGUGCUCGUGUUUGUGCUUGCAGAUGGAAACCGGCAUGUUUAGACACUGCUGUGGCCACACCCUUGCAACGAGGAGAGUAAAAUGACACUCUUCACAUGUUGUUGAAAGUGCCUGUCAAUUAAGAGUCAAUCAUAUUUUGUACAUAAUUUAGAGAAAAAGAGAGCUUUUAAUUUCAUGGAUAAUCCUGUGGUGUUGUAUGUAUUUAAUUUGGAUAUGUUUCUGUCUUUGUAUAUAAGUGGUUUUCGGUAGUGUGUGUGUGUGUGUGUGUGUGUGCGUGUGUGUGUGCGUGUGCUAAAAAAAACAGUUCUUAUGGCCUGAGAGUCACAGUACCCGAGACAAUGUGGAUAGACAAUGUUAUCUGCAGUGAAAGUUACUCGCAGUGAUCAUUUAUAUUCAUGAAUGGUGUUGUCAAAUGUGUCUAAGGUUGCUAAAAAAGAUAAAAUAUCUACUGUGGCUUUGAGGCCUAAGAAAAAACGAAAGUAAAAAAAAGAAAAAAAUAUAUAGUAAAAAAUAAAAUAAAAAGAGAGGGGAAAUGGACUGUGUGUUUGUGACACUAUUGCUAUCGGAUGAAAGUCUAAAGAGUGUGCUCCAUAAGUAUAAAGCAUCAUAAUAACAAUAUAUUUUUUAGAAUAUGUUUUGUUUUGUUUGCUUUCUUGAAGUUAGUAGAUUAUGUGUAAUGUGCCCUCCAGUAUAUAAAGAAUUAAGAAGAAAGGACUGAGCAAACUCUCAGUUCAAGAGAAAACAUUUGGAUUUUCAAGGUUUCCACACAAACGCAAAGAAAUGCUACAUUUAUAAUGUUCAGUGCUAUCGGAUGUGAUAUUUUGUUAUUUGUUCUGUUAUCUGUUUCAUUCUCUUAUUUAGUGAAAUUUUGUUUUGUAAAAAAAAAAUAAACAGCUUGCAACAAGAGUGCCUAAACAGUUAAAGCAAUAGGUUGAUUAUUCCUAUAAGACAGGAAACAGGUAGAGAAAACUAGUCUGACUCUGUGCAAAGGUAACAAAAUCUACCUACCUUAACCUCUAAAGCUCUGUAAUUAUUAACACGCUAUAUCUCAUUUGUCGUUAGAGUUAAAACAACACAUUGUGGUUUUACAGGGUUUAAGGGACCUAUAAAAUCACAAUUUUUACACUUUCAUUAUAGAAACAAGAUGUAAAAUGCUAAGUAGUAGAACCAUGUCACCUUUUGGACAGAGCCAGUAAUCUGUGUUCGCCAGCUCAGGUGAGACGAGCUGCACAUUCAAAUAUAUAGUGUUAAUUAAAUGUUUUUUUUGAAAAACAGACAUGCGGUUCUUCAUCUUAAACUUUUAUAUUUAAUGUUUCUACUAUAAAGUUGUAAGAGCUUGUUACAAGGCAUCUGCUCUCAUAACCAAACCACAAUCUUGUUUACUGAAAACAGGCUUAAAAUCUUAAAACUCAAAUCCUUCUUGAAGACCCAGCAAGGAGAUGAGACGGUUGGCAUCUGUGGGGAUUCCCCAUGGCUCAAGCAAUACAGUGCAGUGGUCUGUUUUUUACGCUUAAGACAUAUAGUCAUGCUGAGGUUCAUUUGCCUUGAGGAGAAAGAUUGAUGUCAGUAUUGCUUAGAAUGUAUUUUUGGAGAAAUGUGUGUGUGGCAUAUAAAAUUAGGAGCUUUCCCUGUCACUCAGUAUGUACCGAGAAUAAAUAACACAUAUGAAGACAA